AUGGCUCAACUGCUGAACAGCAUUCUCACUGUGAUUGAGGUGUUCCAGAAACAUGCUAAAGAGAAUGGGAACUGUACCUCACUAUGCAAGAAGGAGUUGAAGCAGCUGCUCUUGGUUGAGUUUGGAGACAUCCUCCGGAGACCAAAUGACCCAGAGACUAUGGAAACCAUCCUGAGCCUCUUGGAUAAAGACAGAAAUGGACAUGUUGAUUUUCAUGAAUAUCUCUUGUUGGUGUUUCAAUUGGCCCAAGCCUGCUAUCAUAAACUAAAUAAUAGGUCAUGUGGAGAUAGAAUCUCUCAGCAAGAAGGGGAGCAGGAGGGAACACAAGACCAUAAGUUCCCAGAAAAUACAGGCAGACAACACAGGCAGAAGCAUGAGGAAGAAAGGCAGGACUCCCAUUGCACUCAGUCCGAGAGACAAAACCAGGAUGUACACCAGGAUCAGUCUGAGAGACAGGGUAGGGACUCCUGCUAUGGUCAGACUGAGAGACAGGAUAUGGACUCCCAUUGUGGUCAGUCUGAGAGACAGGAUAGGGACUCCCACUACGGUCAGUCUGAGAGACAGGAUACAGACUCCCACUAUGGUCAAAGAUGGAGUCAUAAAUCUAGCAGUAGCCAGCCUAAAAAACAAGGAUAUAUCUUUGCCUUAAAUCAAUGUGAGAGACAAAUUCACAAUUCUUGUUAUGGUCAGAGAGAUAGGCAAGAAUUGGACUCUCAAUAUAGCCAGACAGACAGACAAGACCAGAGUUCCCACUCUAGCCAGACAGUCAGACAAGGCCAGAAUUCCCACUAUGGUCACACAGACAGACAAGGCCAGAGCUCCCGCUAUGGCCAAACAGACAGACAAGGCAAGAAUUCCCACUAUGGUCAGACAGACAGACAAGGCCAGAAUUCCCGCUAUGGUCAGACAGACAGACAAGGCCAGAGUUCUCACUAUGGCCAGACAGACAGAGCAGGCCAGAGUUCCCACUAUGACCAGUCAGACAGACAAGGACAGAGUUCCCACUAUGGCCAGACAGACAGACAAGGCCAGAAUUCCCACUAUGACCAGACAGACAGACAAGGCCAGAAUUCCCGCCAUGGUCAGACAGACAGACAAAGCCAGAGUUCUCACUAUGGCCAGACAGACAGAGCAGGCCAGAGUUCUCACUAUGGCCAGACAGACAGACAAGACCAGAGUUAUCAUUAUGGCCAGACAGACAGACAAGGCCAGAAUUCCCACUAUGGCCAGACAGACAGAGCAGGCCAGAGUUCUCAUUAUGACCAGUCAGACAGACAAGGCCAGAGUUCCCGCUAUGGCCAGACAGACAGAGCAGGCCAGAGUUAUCAUUAUGGCCAGACAGACAGACAAAGCAUGAGCUCUCAUUAUGGCCAGACAGACAGACAAGGCCAGAGUUCCCACUAUGGACAGACAGACAGAGCAGACCAGAGUUCUCACUAUGGCCAGACAGACAGACAAGACCAGAGUUAUUAUGGCCAGACAGACAGACAAGGCCAGAAUUCCCACUAUGGUCAGACAGACAGACAAGGCCAGAAUUCCCGCUAUGGUCAGACAGACAGACAAGGCCAGAGUUCUCACUAUGGCCAGACAGACAGAGCAGGCCAGAAUUAUCAUUAUGGCCAGACAGACAGACAAGGCAUGAGCUCUCAUUAUGGCCAGACAAAUAGAGAAUGCCAGGGCUAUUGUUCUGGCCAGACAGACAGAGAAGGCCACAGUAAUUGUUAUGGUCAGACAGACAGACAAGGCCUGAGUUCUCACCAUGGUCAGUCAGAGACUGGGAAGAUAGGGCAAAAUAGUUACCUUCAAGGGAGGGAAGAAAUAAGCAGAGACUCGUAUGUUGAGCAACCAGGAAGUUCAGGGAGACUAAGUCAACAGACUCAAGGACAAGAAGUGGCUCGAAAUCAGAGACAGAGAUUUCAGUCUAGGGAAGGGCAGCAGAACAGCCACCAGGCAUGGGAGCCCGAGGAGGAUAACCAACACCACCAACACAAACUCAUAGCACAAAUCAAGCAAGAAGUGCCACACGGUUAUAAAGAAGGUGAAUGGCAAUCAUGUAGUGGUGAGCAGGGCCACAGACAGACACAGGCCAGGCAUGAAGAGAGGCAGAGCCACCAGGCAGAAGGAGAACAGGCCUGCCAAAGCUGGGGCAGACACGGUUGUGAGGGUCAGGAAACUCCAUGCAAGAUUCAGGCCAGGAAAAGCCAUGAAGAGGAACAAGGCCAUCAGAGACGGGACAGGCAAACCCACGAAGAUGAGCAGACCCGUCAGAGACAAGAGAGGCAAACCCACGAAGAUGAGCAGACCCAUCAGAGACAAGACAGGCAAACACAUGAAGAGAAUCAAAACUAUCAGCAAAAAUGGGAUAGGCAAACCCUUGAGGAGGAAGAAAGGUAUCAAGGGUCCCAGGAUCAACAACCUUAUGGGAUCCAGCAAGGCCGUGCUAAUAGAGAAAAAUUCCACAGGAAUGAAAAUAGCCAGAGGCAAAAUUCCCAGGGAGGAUGCAGUAACCUGACCCUCCAUCCCACCCAGAGCAGUGGGAGGCCCUCAAGGGGAGAACAGGGUGGAAGUCACCCUAACAAGGUAGCUUCUGCUCCCAACGCCCUCUAUAACUAUGUACAAGAGCAGAAAAGGAAUUAG